GGCCCGCCUUUAUCUCCCUUCAUUCUUCAGCAUGUCGUCGCCGGCGGCGGCCGUGCUCGUCUGCAACGGCGCCGUCUCCCCGCGCGCUCCCCCUUCCGCCGCCUCCUUCCUCGAAGCUACCCUGGGGGCCUACACCACCGCCCGCGGCAGCCUCCUCUGGUGGCCCCGCCACCUCCGCCGCCUCGCCGAAUCCGCCGCCCUCCUUGCCCGCUCCCACCCUCACCGCCUCGGCCUCCCUCGGCCGCGCUCCCUCGACUCGCUCUUCUCCGAAAUGCCCAUCCAUGCUCUCGUCAACCCUUCCGUGCGGCUGGCCAUUCAUGAGAUGCGGAGCAGGCUGCCGGUGAUCAAGGAGGACAAUUUGGCGCUCACGGCUCUGAUCAGAGGAGGCGAUUCGGUUUCCAGGGAUGGCCUCGAUGUCUUCGUCCACGUGGGGACGUAUGCCCCGCCGGUGUUCGGAGAUUUGGGGGCCAAGGUUGCUGUGGCCGGCAUGGGGAGGGACGCCGCCGCCGCCAAGUACGCGUCCUGGGCCAGGAUGCGGAAGAGUAUGGAAAAGAUGAGGCCUCCUGGGGUCACAGAGCUUCUGUUGACUAAUGAUGGGGAUCACAUUCUUGAAGGCGCUGUCACAAACUUCUUUGUUGUCUGCCAAAAGGAGGAACACAAGAGCAAAGGACCUUUCGCUGUUCAAACAUUGGCAAACAAGUUUGAAGUGCAAACAGCUCCAAUAAGUGAUGGAGUUCUCCCUGGAAUUAUACGGCAGAUAGUGAUAGAGGUGUGCCAUGAUAUAGGAAUCCCAGUACGAGAGAUCUCUCCAUCAUGGUCCAAGCAUGAACUCUGGCAAGAAGCUUUUGUUACAAGUAGCUUAAGGCUUAUCCAGCAUGUGGAGUCAGUUCAAGUACCUUUAUUGUGGGAGGACGUACAAUCAAAAACCUGGAGCGAUGUCUCUUGGGUGGUGAAACAAUUUCAGGGUCCUGGGUGCAUUACUACACAGAUUCAGACAGAAAUAUUGAAGAGAGCAAGAUCAGAGGAAUAUGACAUCAACAAUCUCCUAUGAGUUAUGAACGUUGUCUUUGAUUCAUUUGAAGUAUGUAGGCUUUAUUUCUCCCCAUCAUCUAUUAUUCACAAAAAAGUAAGCUCUACAGUCAUUUCAUUUCAUUUUAUUGAGACAUUGAAGAUUGCAUUCCUUUAUGUGGAGAGUUCAGGCAUUUUAGGUGUAAAGGUUUCAGAAUGAUUCAUUGCUUUGUGUUUUUAUAUCUUCUCUAAGCAAAACAGGCCUAACCUCAAGGAAGAAGGACAUGGAAGGCAAGUAGAUACCUUUGGAGUCUAGAUCUAGUUGGGGUAUGGAUAGUCUGAUGGAUACACUAAAGGGGGAUUGAAAACCAAAGCUCCAGGAAUAGUGUGGAAAAGAAAAGAGUUCAAAUCCCAUGUGGAUCUAUGUUCAUUGUUUCCAGUUUCAUCUAAUUUAUAGGGGCAGUUCUAUUCUGAUAAACUGACCCAUGAUUUGAGGACUUAAUUGUCAUCUCUGUACUAUGAACAAAUGAUCCCAACUGCACUCAGUAGCACAUAAAAUAGCCCCAUGUUAAUUAAUUGGAGGAUGGAUUUUGCUAGGAAGUCCUUUUGUGAUUCCUGUAGGAACUGAACUAUUUUUUAUGUUCGAUU